AUGGUCCGCUUCACAAGCGGCUUACUCCUGUUCACGGUGUUGACCGCUGCCGCUCCUCCUGAUCCUCACCUCCACCCUCUUCAAUCCCAAGAAACUUUGUCCUCACAUCCCAUAAUCUCCCACAAUGGGCAGAGAAGAUUACAAGGAAGAUUUCUGCACAUCACAGACAUCCAUCCCGAUCCCUUCUAUAAAGUCCAUUCGGACCCAAGCCAGUCUUGUCACUCUGGCAAAGGCCAAGCGGGUCAUUUUGGCGCUGAAGUCACCGACUGCGACACCCCUUUCUCACUCGUUAAUGCCACCUUCAAAUGGAUCGAACAAAACAUAAAAGAUCAGGUUGACUUUGUCAUUUGGACCGGUGACUCGGCUCGACACGACAACGACGAUCGUUAUCCCCGCAGCGACAAACAAGUUAUCAAACUCAACCGCUUCGUCGUCAACAAGUUCGUCGAAACCUUUGGCAAAUCCGACAAUCUCGACGACCCUGACCCGACAAAUGACUUUGUCGUUCCUAUCGUUCCAACGUUUGGGAACAAUGACAUCCUUCCCCACAACAUUUUCCAACCCGGUCCAAACAAAUGGACCCGCGAAUACGAAGAAUUAUGGGCCAAGUUUGUUCCCCAAGACCAAAAACAUUCGUUUGCAAGAGGGGGGUGGUUCUUUUCCGAGGUCAUUCCAAACAAGCUAGCAGUCUUCAGCUUGAACAGCCUCUACUUCUUUGAUUCCAAUUCCGCCGUUGAUGGCUGCGAUGCCGACACUGAACCAGGCUACGAACACUUUGAAUGGCUCAGGACCCAACUUCACUUCUUGCGCCAGCGAGGAAUGAAGGCAAUCUUGAUUGGUCAUGUCCCUCCUGCCCGGACCGCCAGUAAACAAAACUGGGACGAGUCCUGCUACCAAAAGUACACCCUCUGGUUACGCCAGUACAGAGAUGUCAUCAUUACCUCCAUCUUUGGCCAUAUGAACAUUGACCACUUCAUGUUCCAGGACGUGACCGAGCUAAAAUAUAAAUUCAAGAUCGACGGCGUCGAUGACGAAUUUUCCCGCCUCGAGAGCCUCGAGCCCAUAUCCAACAACGAGACCUUUAACAUUGCCGCCAAGGCACAGUACCUGAAUGAGUUGAGGGCAGGCUGGUCGGCACUGCCAAAGCCUCCACCCCAUUCCUCUUACGCAAACUUGGAAGUACCGCAGUAUGAUGCUGAAAAGAAGAAGAAGAAGAAAAAGCACAAAGGCGAUGACAUGGACAAAUUCCUUCAUGCCAUUGGCGGACCGUGGGGAGAACGUUUUAGCAUGAGUUUGGUGUCGCCCAGUGUUGUUCCGAAUUUCUUCCCAACUUUGCGCAUUAUCGAGUACAACAUCUCCGGCUUGGAGAAGCUGAGUCCUGCAGAUCACCCCACUGGAGCGCCAGCGGAAAUGUUGGUCGCGCGGGAUGGUAAAGAUAUGCUCGAUCAAGACUCGGUGGAUGCAAGCACAAGUCAUCUGUCGAUGCAGGCUUUUGAUGACGUACCACAGGCUCUUCUCGAUGAAUAUGUCGAAUCAGAAGACCUCGACAGCCUGAAGAAAAAGAAGAAGAAGAAGAAGAAAAAGAAGAAGAAACAGCACAAGUUCCCCGUCCCCAAGCCGCCUUCCAAAUUAGACCCCCCAGGACCUGCAUACUCACCUCAACCCCUUUCUCUCAUCUCCUGGACACAGCUUUUUGCCAACCUGACCGAAAUCCAUAAUGACAUUGAAAGUGAAUCCCAACACAACGUCGACGCCGAAUAUAACUAUCGCAAACAUUUCAAGUUCAAGGUUGAAUACCGCACCAACAAUGACAGUGAUUACCAGAUGAAGGAUCUGACGGUCAAGUCGUGGUUGGAUCUGGCGGAGAAGAUUGGAAGGAGCAAGUAUCCCAAAUUGUCAGACGAUUCGGGGCAUGAACUGGAAAAAGGCCAGGAUGAAGACGGCGUCGAUGCGCUGAACAAGGCCCAGAACAAUAAGAAGAAGGGGAGCUCAAAAGUUAAAAAGGCCCGAAAUCACCUGUGGAAGGUCUUCGUCAAAAGAGCCUUUGUCCAUACCAAGCCUGAGGAGGAGAUUGAUCAGGAAUUUGGAUCCUAUGACUAG